CACUCGGCAACCCUGGCCAAAAACUCUGGCUUCGCGUCGCGUUUGGAAUUGCGAGAAUUGAAAUCGAAAAGAUUGUGGCAAUCAAUUGGAAAUCAAAACACAACAAGAUGAAUCACCUCAAGUGGAUGGGACACUCGUCCACGAUAAUGGACAUCCAGCGCUCGCUGCGCAACGACAACCAGAACUGCGAGGUGGUCCUGGCCUCCAGGGACGGCGUCCGGGUGCGCGCCCAUCUCUUCGUGCUGAGCACCUGCAGCGAGCUGAUGCGCAACAUUCUGGUGGACGUGCCGCGCGGCCAGGAGGCCACCAUUGUGCUGCCCGACAUCCGCGGCGAUCUGCUCGAGGCAAUGCUCUCCUUCAUCUACAUGGGCGAAACCAGUCUGCCCUCCGCCUCGCUCUCCGAGUUCCUCGAAGCCAUCAACCUGCUGGGCAUCAAGUCGGCCAUCAGUUUCGAGUGCAACCCCACGGCCAGUCCACCCGGCGGCGGCGGCGAUGUGGAGAACGCUUCGUUGGCCGUGGAGACGGCCAAAUCGAUUACAGGUCUGCAAAUAGCCGAAGCGGAGCUGCUGGACGACGAGGAGGAGCCACAGCCGACGGUCAGCGUGCCUGCCUCUGUGCUGGCGGAGCCACAGCAUCAGACCAGCCGCUCGCUGGAGUACCUGGAUGUCUAUGAGCCGCCCAAGAUCACCUACUCCAUCGAACACAUGGACGGCAACUCCAGCGGCAAUCAGUUUAUACUCACCGAGAACACCGGCACCUUCACCAUCACCCAGUCGGCGUCCAGCUUGUCCAAGAUGGGCGGCGACGAUGCGGCCGCCGAAGUGGAGCUGGUGGACGACGAUGUGGAGGCGGACAUUGCCGAGGAGGAUUCGGAGGAGCACGAGACACAGAUGAUCGAGGAGGACUUUGCGCCCACCGAUCCACUGAUCGAGCUGGGCACCGCCACCGAAAUGGACGAGGACGACGAGGAGGAGGAGGAAGUGACCGGCGAGCUGAUGGACGAGGAGAUCGAGGAGGAGGAAAAGCCACGCAAGUUGGGAGGCGGCGGAAAGCCACGCGGUCGUCGUCCUAUGAACAUCAAAAGCGAGAAGCGAUCGCCGCACAAGCCAUCGCGACUGCAGCAGUUUGUGGCGCUCAAGCGGGAGGUGAAAGACGACAUCAACGACGCCUUGGAUCUGGCGGCGGAUGCGGUGAUCUUAGAAGGAUUGAGCCUGCAGAAGGCCGCCGAUCGGUUCGACAUCUCGAAGACGGUGCUGUGGCGACGCGUGCGCACCAAUCCCGCCUACAUGCGCAACAACCGGGAGCGACCCUCCCUGCUGGAGGCCUACGAGCGUCUGAAGAACGGCGAUUCCCUUAAGAGCAUCAGCACGGAGCUGCAGAUCCCCAUGUCCACGCUGCACCGGCACAAGGUGCGUCUGUCGGCCCAGGGACGCCUGCCCGACUUUGUGGCCUGCCGGCGGCGGGAUAGUACGCCCAAGGAUGAGCUAAGGGACAAGUUGGCCAAGGCCGUGCAUGCUUGCCUGAACGAGGGAAUGUCCCAGAACCACGCGGCCAACCUGUUCGAGAUCCCCAAGAGCACGCUCUGGCGACACCUGCAGCGACGCAUGUCCAACCAGGAGCGCAAGGUCAAGAAGGAGCUGAAGGACGAGUACGAGGACGAUCUGCUAAACUAGUUCUACAUCACCGAAGUUUUUAAGUUACCAUUAAGAAGCCAUAAGCCUAGCGUUUAACUGCAUGUCAUCAGUGUCCUGGUUUUUGAUUGAACCAAAAUUUAAAGAAAGGAGGAGCAGGAAGAGAUGCUAAACUAGAG